GUAAUUUUGACAUAAAAAAUGUCAACUAAAGAGAAUCUUUUUGAAAUCAUUUCCAUAACGUUUUUGUUACAAAAUCAUGUUAGCAAUAGCUAUCAGUGACUUCAGCACAACCGAAGAAGACAUAGUCUCAUCCUCUCAGGAAGAGUUCCACACUCCCCCAUCGGCCAGAUCUGCGGAGGAAGCACCUGUAUCAUCAUCAACUUUGUCAGAGCUGGAGGAUCAAAAUAGGGUAAUUUCUAGUUUAAGAAAUCAACUACAAAAUCAAAAAGACCAGCUCAUGUAUUAUAUUAACAAGGAGUCAACUAGGAGCAAAAUUGUAGAACUAUCUGAAUCAUGCACGCUCCAGGCAUCUGAGGAAAGCUUACCCGUGAAUCUGGCCCUUUACAGAUUCUGCAAACAGUCGGGAAUGAAAACUAAAUUACAGCUGCUACAUGACCGUAUGAAUCAAUUGGACAGUGACGUGUCGCAUUCUCUUAAAGAUCACGAAUUUGUUCUGAGGAAAAUUAUAAAUAGGCUCUGUGAAUUUGUUCAAGAAAUGUCAAACGGUGACUUCAAAGAUCAGUUCGGACGCUUUAUUAAUGAUCCUCUACACGUUAAUCUUUUCGACAAACUGUUAAGUGCCACCCUGAGCUUGCGAAGUAAAUUGGAAAUGUUUAGAAAUUGUUGCGACAGGAUCCUUAUUAUUGAAGAGAAACGAAAUGCCAUAGUGGACCGAGUCUAUUCGUUGCCAGUAGAAGACCGGGUAAAUUGCAAUUAUCUUGUUGGAAUUCAAAUGGAAAAAGUGCAGCUGGAAAACGAAAUAAGGCGCAUUUCCCGGCACAACGACGCUAAGGCUCCAGACAGACAUCGAAUUAGGGAAUUAAAUGUCAUUGAGAAAAUUUUACAUAAUUUACAGUGGGAGCUGAAUAGCAGUUUUUUAGAAAAUGAAGACUGCGUUGAUAAAAUGUUGAAAAAAAUCAAUUCGGAAGCCAGAGUCUUGCUGGAAAUGACAAAGAAACAGAAGCAGCGAUUUGAAUGCGAAUCGUCCAAAGCCAAGUAUCCGGAACUUAAUCGGGUUUUGCUUUUCAUUAAUCUGGCUUCUAGCGAGGACAAAGAUUUAGAUCGUUACGGCAUCAAAACUUAUGAAGAAAUUCAAUUUUUCCAAAAGAUAAAAAAAGAAAUCGAAACAAUAAAGAAAAUUAUGAAAGAAGAAUCUGAAAGAAACUUUAGAAAGGCAAAAAAAGAAUGCGAAGUCUUAAAUAGUAAAGUAACCGAAGUUCUGUUAGACAAUAGCAGAACUAAAUUGAUUAAUAAAUCGUUGCAAGCCGAAUUAAAUGAGCUCAAAACGGAACAAACAAUCCUGAUAAACAUAUUAACACAAGAAAGGGACGCAUAUAAAACUCAAGUAGAAGAUUUACAUGCUACAAGAGAAGCAUAUGCUCAGCUGGUUGAUAGGCAACCGAAUAUUAUUGAAAUGGAACGAGAGUUUUUCAAGGAAGUUGGUGAUAGAGAUGCUAGAAUUAUGGAAUUAGAAAAAAUCGUUUCAUCUCAGAAAGAAGAAUUAAAUCAAUUGAAAAGUAAAUUAACAGAAGAAAGUGUUCAAAGUAAAUCUAUUGAUUUAUCUCAUCCUCAUACAGCUGAUAGUCCUGAUACAAAAAAAUUAGAAUCAGAAAAACCUGCAAGUAAUUUUCCGAAUAAUAAGGUGACAUCAUUGUCUGAUAAUUGUUGUCCUAAUGAGCCCAAAAAGGAAAAGAAACUUGUGAAAUCCGAACCUUUUUUCCCACACUAUCAAUGUCCGAAGAAAACAUCCUAUAGUGAAUUAGCGAGAAAAUCCACGUCUAGUAAAAAAUCAUUGAGCAAUUCCUUAGAAAUAUCUUCAGAAAAAGAAUUAUGGACCAUUAACAGACAAUCGAGCGAUACUGUUCCGGAAGCAUCUUCAGAAAAUAUCUCUCCAAUGCCAAGUGAAGAGAUAAAAUAUAAAAAUGAGCACACGUUAUACGAAAUGGACGAGUUUGAAAUUUACGAAGAUGCAUCUAUAGAGUGUCUGAUGCUGGAGUAGAGUCGUCAGAGUCUUGUUAUGUAGAAUCAAAUAUCAAAUAAAGUAGGGUUUUUAAUUAUA